UACUAAUACAUAGAGUGACCGACUGACCACCUUCUGGUCCUCCUCCUCCUCCUCGUUCUCCUCGUCAUCCUGUUCUUCGUCCUCUUCCUCGAACCCCCUUAACUCGAAACCGCCCGCUGCAUCCAUCCGUACGUCGCCAUCUCUCAACUGCGCACGCCUCUUGCGCCCGGAGCGCCUACGACCUGCCGCCUGGCCUCGUACAGCACCCAAACUGCGUCUCCCUAGCCCAAUUCAUCGAGCAGGCUGCCUGCCGCCACUGCAGAUUGCUUCUAAUUAGACUGUGGGGACACGAGUCCAUCUCCCACGCGCAGGUCCCCGACGGGACCGCCGUUGGCUCGCUCCGUCGUCGUCAUAGCACCUGGCAAUUCCUUUUUGCAGCUCCGUCGUGCCCUGUGCCCAGUCCUCGCUGAGUGAGCGAAUCCGUUAGUUUGCUGCCCAUAUCGGCGCCGCAGACGAGCAAACCAGAGCAGCGUCCCCGACAGCUACCGACAGGGUUCCUCACUCUCACCGUCGCUUUGGCUCACUUGGGCGGUCACGACAAGGGGCCCGGCCGACAAUAAAAGACGAUACAUAACCUGACGGAACGCCCUCGCGACCCGCUAUAGGAGCCGUCUGGUCUCGCCGUCUCGCCGUCUCGCCGUAGCAUAACAAUUGCUACCACAGCCUACUUCGUACCCAUCAGAGAUCCUGGCUGCCAGCCAGAGAAAAGACAGCUGGUCCCGAUACCAUCUCGUCCAUACUUUUUCACCCUCUCUCCCCGCACUCGUCCUAGAUCGCAAAAACCUGUCUCGAACCCCAACUGCACAUGGUCUUCCCCGCAGCAGCCACCACGGCCCUCUGUCUAGGAUAACGCGCCCGAGAGGUUUCCGCGGGCCUUCCCGUCACCGAGACAGAGCGGACAAUGGCUCGCUUUCCUUUUUCUAUGCCUGGCCGCAAGAAGUCGGCCCCCCAGCUUACACUCACUGAGCACAUGAGCAAAGCCCAGCGCGUCCUCGGCGCCACGCCUCUCAGCAUCGACACACCGCCUCAUUGGGACGACAAUUCGUCCUCGAGCUUCAGCGACGAGCCCUUGAGCUCCAAGCCCGCUAGCUAUGCGGAGUCCUGGGCCCGCGAAUUCGAUGACGACCACGGCCUUGAAACCGCGAGGUCCGAAAAUGGCUGGGGCGAGGAAUCGGACAUCAUUCCCCUCCCGCUCCGGGUAGUUGCCGGUGAUUACGGCGACGACGUUGGCAUUGAGAAAUCCGCCGACUCUAGCAUGAUGCGGACAAGCCGCUCUUCGUCCACAAUCCGGUCGUGGUACGAUAGAUCCAAGAUGCCGUUGGCAAUUUCGCAGCAAACGUCUUCCUCGGCCAUGGCCAAAGGCAUACCAACCAAAGCCGAGAGGCUCUUGGACGUUGGAGACUCUCAUGCCGUCAGGCCCAGAAAGAAGCCAGGCAAGCUGGAUCUCGCAGCCCUCGUUCCCGGAUCGCGGUUCCCCCCGAGGAGAACCUCGCUUCUGCACCCGCAAGGCGACAGGGCCAUCCUGAGCUCCGUGUACGUGACCAAAUCACCCGCCAUGUUGACACCUACGGCACCAACCACGCCGCGUCACCUGGCGCAUCCACCCAGGGGACAUGUCCGCCCAGAUGGCGUGGAUGAAGGGUCUAGACCGGUUGCCGACGGAGGCAAUCAGUGGGCGCCCAACAACGCUCUCAGCGAGCUUCCCAGCUUGUACGACCACUACGAGCAAAUGUCGCUGAGGCAGAUCAUGAAGCACGAGCCAACAGGGGAAAUUUCACUGCCUACCUCUACUGAGCAGGGGGCUAAAGCGCAAUCUUCAUCCAAGAGAAGCAGCAAAACAUAUGACUGGCUCCAUCAGGAUCCCAGUCCAGCAACGCCACAGACCGCCAUGUUCACGAAGCCGCUGGAGCCGUCCUCUCCCACCAACUAUGCCGCCAGCAUCUCUAGCAGACUCACACGGGCCUCCAAGAUGUCUAGGAAUACAGAACAAGGGCUCAAUACUGCUGAUUUGCACCAUACUAGCGUUCUGCUUCUCUCAUCCGACUCGGAGGAUGACAAUGAUGAUCUUGCCUCAUCCACGACUACCGUCACGACGGCCCUCACGGCGACAACUGCCCCCAAAAGUCCAGUCGCUGUCUCGAUCAGACGCCCUUCCACAAUCGAUGAUGACCUCUCGUCGGUGGACUCUUCCCACCAGGCUUCCAGGAGAUGCCGGGGCAGUGACAAGCGUUCCAGCAAAUCAAGCAAGCGAACUAGCUUUGCGUCUUCAAAUACGCACAUACUAAUUUACGAUGGCACAGAGCGCUCCAAGUCGCUACAUCCGAAUUCCCGCGCGAACACCUCACAAGCAAACAUCUCGCAAACGACGAGCGUCUCUUCCCGCCGAGCGUCCGUCGCCUCGACGUACUCUGGCAAUUCCGCCUCGACUUGGCACAGUCGGUCGGGAUACAUUGAGGAAGCACGGGCGGUAACGAUGCACAGGGCCCGGUAUCCGUCGAAUGCCGCCGACUCGGAACAAGAUCAGCCCCAGUUCGACCAAAAUGUGUUCCAUCGCGAGUCACUGUCCGGCUCGGGGCAUCAACUGACACCUCCGUUAAGCCCCACCUCUAUUGACCAGUUCGACCGAAUCAGUCAGCCCUCAAAUGAUGCAUCAUUAAGCCACAGUCGCAUCAUGGCCGUGACGCGCCAAGAGGAAUUAUUGUUGGCAGCAUUGCGGCAGAGACAGGAUUCGUUCCGGUGCAACGUCCUUGCUCAACUUCAAGAAACCCACGAAGAGGACAUGUAUGAGAUGGCAACGUCAGGCGUAGGUUCUCAUUCGGACCGGCAGUCGAAAGGACAUAGAAGCAAGACUUCGCAAGGCACAGUCACAGGAACCACGUUCGACUUUGGUUUCCCCGCACCUCCCAGCUUUAAAAAUAGGCGCAACGGUCCGGUCGAAACCAGAUCAGAUCGCCAUAGGUCCGUUAGUCGUUGCUCGUCGAGCCACCAGUCGCUCAGUCGUCGCUCGGGGGUGAUAUCUGGUGCGAACGCAUCCGACUUUGAUAUUGCGGCUGUCACCCUGACGUGUGGUCCUCGGGGUAGUGCAGGCUCGGAUGGACAAGUAGACGAAGCGUCGACCUCUCUCGACGAUAUGGAGCCGAGCCCCGAUCUGAGCGACAUUCAAGACUGGGAGCAUGCCUUGUCUGCAGCGUCUGAGGUUCAUGUGGCCGAACUUCCUUGGCCCAUGCAUUGCCAGGAGACGGCGAGCAAGCGCCACGACCAGGUGCCCUCGGCGAGCCCGCACUGCACGCCGCGGGUUGACAGCCUCCUGCGCCGCGGCGGCGAGCCGCUGGCGGGCGUGGUAGAAGAGAGCAGCGAAGACGACGAGGAUCUGCCCCGACCAGACAGCCCCAUCUCGCCGACUGCCUUCCCCGCCGUGCCGGACAAGAGGAUGACGCGCAGCAACAUGGUGCGCCUGAGCGCAGUCGGGUCGGGCGUGCUUGGCGGCACGGGGCUGGCCCACAGGAACGAGCCAGGCUGGUGGGGGGAUGAGGACUAAUUCACACACACGACUUAUGAGAUACCAUGUAUCAUACACUUCUGAUUCCCUUUUGUUUCCGGAGUUCUGGGCAGGCUUAGUCCUUCACAUUGUACAAAGAGGCCCUACGAAGCUAGUGCCUUCGACCACUUGAGCACGGCGCUCGCUUUUGGAGAUUUUCUUGGGUAAGGGAGGUAAAGCCAGAGGAGGCAUUGCAUCUAGAUAGGGAUGGUCCGUGAGUGUCUUGGGGGCAUUGGAUGAUACCAGGGACAUGGAGGCUCAUACGAGGGGCGGGAGGUGCAAGUAAGUGAUUGCCCAGUUGUAGGGUCAAUAAAAAUGGAGCGAAAAUGAACC